UUACUCCCCCAACACUCACCUUCAUGAUCAUGUAAUUGAUUUGUAACUAUAACCCGGAAAUCUUCCCCAAAACCUACAACAUUCUCUCUCCUCCUCCUUCGUGUUCCUCUUCUUCACCUCUAAAACAUAUUAGUCGUGGCCUUAUUAAAUCUCCAUUCUUCCAAAGAUCAACUUUCAAGCUCAAAUUAAUUUAUAUAAACACGAAAUUUUCAAUAUGAAUUUAAUCUAAUGCAAACAAAUACUCAUUUCUGUUGCAUUUAUUCAGUUGAAUCAUCCAAUCUUUGUUCUUCAAAUGCGUUCUCUUAUGGAUUUGAAAAGACUUUCCACCAUUAAACCCACCUUCUUCUUCUCCUCCUUUCGCCGACCACUUCGCUCAGUUUCUCCGCCAUUUUCACCGCCUCAAGAUCAACCCCAGAAACUUGAUGAGAGUUUUGUCAAGUGGGUUUCUUCUGUUUUGUCAAACCCAUCUCUGGAAUCUUCUAAAUGUAAAGAAAUUCUAACUCUUGUAUCCCCUUCUCAAUUUGAUCGUGUUUUUACUGAAAUUAAGUCAUUGGUUCAUCCGAAAACAGUGUUGCAAUUCUUUUAUUAUGGGAUUGAUUCAUGCAGGUAUUCUUUUAGUGUUAAAUCCUAUUGCGAAUUGAUUCGUUUGCUUGUUGGGUCGAAUUUUAGUGAUUCUGCUAGGUUGUUGUUGAUUCGUUUGAUUGAUGGGAAAGCUCCUACUGUUUUUGAGAAGUAUAGUGAUAGACAUAUUGAGAUUGCUGUUGCAUUGGUUGAUUUGAAUGGCGGGUUUGAGAAGUCGGUUGGGAAUCGAACGUUUGAUUUGUUGGUUCAUGUUUAUUGCACUCAGAUUAAGAAUGCCGGUUAUGGGUUAGCUUUCGAGGUUUUUAAGGUGAUGGCUGGGAGGGGAGCUUUUCCGUCUUUGAAGACGUGUAAUUUCCUUUUGAGCUCGCUGGUUAUGGCUGGCGAGGUUCAAAGAAGUUACGAGGCGUUUGAGAUUAUGCGGAGAGGAGUUGUGCCUGAUGUUUAUCUGUUUAGCACGGCUAUUAAUUCGUAUUUCAAAGGUGGGAGGGUUAAGGAUGGGAUUGAGCUGUUUAUGGAGAUGGAGGAAGUAGGGAUUUCACCUAAUGUUGCGACUUACAACAAUGUUAUUCAUGGACUUUGUAGGUGUGAUGGUUUAGAUGAGGCAUUUCGAUUUAAAGAGAGGAUGGUAAGGAAUGGUAUGAUGCCUGACGUUGUAACUUAUGGAGGUCUUAUUAAUGGUUUAGUUAAGUUUGGGAAGUUUGACGAAGCGAAUCACUUACUACAGGAAAUGCCAGAGAAGGGUUUGGUUGCUAAUGAAAUUGUUUAUAACUCAUUGAUUAAUGGGUAUUGUAGAGUAGGAAAAGUUGGGGAGGCAUUGAGUUUAAAAGAUUCUAUGUUGUCAAGGGGGAUUAGUCCAAAUUCAUCAACCUUUAAUUCACUUCUUCAUGGCUUUUGUCAGUGUAAUAUGGCAGAGCAGGCUCAAUCUCUAUUGCAGGAGAUGUUGUAUAGAGGGUUAUCAGUACAGUUAGGGGCCUUUAAUUCUGUCAUCUGCUGUAUUGGUAUGAAUGGCACAUUGGAUUCUGUUUUGUGUAUCAUUGAAGAGAUGCUAUCGAGAAACUUAAGGCCUAGUGAUGGCCUGCUUACUACAAUUAUGGUUAGAAACUGUAAAGAGGGUAAACAUGCACACGCUGUUAAAUUCUGGUUUAGACUUGUGGAGAAAGGGUUUACACCAAAUAUAGUGACUUCAAACGCUUUAAUUCAUGGACUUUGUGAAGCUGGUAUCAUGCAUGAGUCUGCUAGGCUUCUCAAGGAAAUGAUUAAAAGGGGUUUUAAAUUGGAUAGAAUCACAUACAAUACCCUCAUCUCAGGCUGUUGUAAAAAUGGAAAAUUGGAGGAAGCUUUUAAUUUGAGAAAUGAGAUGGAAAAGCGUGGUAUACAACCAGAUAUUCAUGUGUACAACAUUCUACUGCAUGGACUGUGUAAUGCCAAUAAAAUUAUUGAAGCUAUGAAGCUCUGGGAGGAGUGCAAAACAAGUGGUAUGGUUGCAAAUGUUCAUACAUAUGCUGUUAUGAUCAAUGGGUAUGGCAAGGCUGGAAAGAUUGAAGAGGCAUUUAGACUUUUCGAUAAGCUGCUUGCUCAGAAAUUAGAGCUAAACUCGGUUGUUUAUAAUUCACUUAUUUCUGCAUAUUGUAGAGCAAACAAUAUGGUCAACGCUUUUCAACUUCGUGAUGACAUGAAAGGCAAAGGCAUUGCGCCAACUUCUGUCACAUAUUCCUGUCUUAUAGAUGGACUGGUCAACAUUGGUAGUGUUGACCAAGCUAGGAACCUUCUUGAAGAAAUGAGCAAGGAAGGUCUGAAUCCUGAUGUUUACUGCUUUACUGCCUUAAUGGGUGGUUACUGUAAGCUUGGUCAGAUGGAUAAGGUGGAGGCUAUCUUGCAAGAGAUGUGCAUGAAUGGCAUAAUUCCAAAUAAAAUCACCUAUACAAUUAUGAUAGAUGGGUACUCUAAAAUGGGUGAUGCCGAAAAGGCAGCUAAGCUUUUGGAGAAAAUGAUUCAUGAUGGAAUCAUUCCUGAUAACGUUACAUAUAAUGCUCUUACUAGUGGUUUGUGCAAGGAUGGAAAGAUGGGUGAAGCAUUUACGGUGACUGAUACUAUGGCACAACAGGGAGUUCUUAUGGAUGAUGUAACAUAUACAACCUUGAUUCAUGGGUUGGCACAACCAAUGGCAUUUAAAAACCAAGACUGAUCAAGAUGAUUUCUGAAAAUCUUAAAUGGUAGAUCACUUGAGAGUUGAGAGAACAGUCUCAUUGCUGUGUCUCUUGGCCCUGGCAAGCCUUCAAUUAGUGAAGCUCUUUCUUGAUUAAAAAAUUUGUUGAUGCGGUGAAAGGUAUUUGUGAAGAAUACCUAUUUUCCACACUCCCCAAAAUCUUGCCUCAGAUGGAAGGCUCGUUCCAAAGCCUUUGUAACUGUUCUGAGAGAUUUUGGUUCCGAUUUUCUCUGCAUACAGAUUCUUUAGCUUCUCUGUGACAGCAGUAGUUUGUGUUUAUCUUAUAUCUUAUAUAUAUGGCAACAUGGAAUAACUUCAAUUCUCAAGCAUCUAUUUCCAGAGGAAUGGCCAAAAGCGUGAUGGAUGUGGAAUCUUUUACAAGCUGGCCAGUGCAGAGUUGGUCUUACAAGAAGAUAUUGAAUGUACUGAUUACUGAUCUUGUGAAAUCUAUCAACAGUAACACAAAUAGUAGUGUGAUGAAUAGUGCUAUUCAGUGGCUGGAGGAAAUGCAGAAGUUGAAGAAAUCCAAGGUUCGACAGAGAAAAGUUCUGAAAAAGACCGUGGAAACCCUAAUGUCACUAAUGAUCCUCGUGUAAGAUUAAAUCGUGAUUGUGUUGGAACUAUGGCUGCAUAUCGACUAAAGAAUCUUUCUCAGCUUCUUCUUACUAUUGUAAAUACACAGUUAUAUUGGGAUCCAAAAUGGCCUGAUGAUAAAAGCUGGCUCAAGCUAAAUAUCUACUGUUGCUUUUAGACCAAUUCAAAACUGUGAAAAAUUUCUAAUAGUGACCAGACUUCAACUCUAUCUCAGGAGAUCAGGUGUACAAUUACCUAAUCUCCGGCAGCUCUUCUUUGGAGUAUACCGUUGAAUGUCUUGAUGAGUUGCCCAUUCCUUUUAGCAGUGUCUAUGUCUGCACAAGUGGAGAACUAGAAUUCACCAACUGCACCCCUGGCUUUACAGGUACAUUGGAUUACAUAUCCAUAUCGCCCUCCUGUUGCAUAUGACCUGUGGAACAAUGUAUAAUAUUUAUGGUAUGGAACAAUGUAUAAUAUUUAUGGGACAAUAGUUCAUAUUUCUGGAACAAUAUAAAUAAUAUUCGAAUGAAAUAUUAUAUGAAACAUCAAUGAUUUUUAUGUAUAAAACAAUAUC